UGCAUGAACUUUACAUAAUGAUCUUGAUGAGGGAGGAUGCAAGUCUGGUGGGAUACUGUACAGAGCUCGCAAACUGGACAGGAAAUGAAAAUAUAAGAAUACAACUUGGAAAAGGAAGGAAGACGAUAAUUAUUGGCUGUGGGAAUUUGUUCGAAACGAGCAUCUUCGAAGAGUCUCUUUAUAAACACAUGCAAAACUAGUUAUAGGCUACAAAAGUCUCUCUAGAUAUCUGCCAAGGGCAGGUUGACGUUUAUUGUUUUGAAUCCUAUUAAAUGCCAACGUGCACAAGGGAAGCGGACUUGGAGACCAUUGCCAUUUCGCUCUGAGAACACCUAGCGGGUUUCGAGUGACGUUUCUUCUCUUUUCCUCGGUGCGAUCAGUCUGCGAUCCUACACCGUUCUCUAAUUGAUCCGUCAGAAAUGUCAUUCCUGAACAUAAGAAAGCAGCGACAGCCGACAACAGCUUACUGUGUGUCGUACUAUUUAUUCUCAUUAAUUUCGAAGCCAGAGGAUCGAUAAACAAUAUCAAUUUUUGAGAGUUCAUAGAGAAAUCCAUAGGCGACAUAUCAACCGCCACGCCGAGACCCAUUCGUGUCCCUCAUUGGAGUGAACGCAGUGAAAUAACGACUCUAACGGACUUGGUCAGAUCAGGUGAAUCAUUUGCAAAGACAAGGAGGAUCAUUGAUCUCACACCAAACGACAAUAAUGCCAACAGAAAUACAAGCAAGUGGCUGUACAUGUCAAACAACGUUUGGAUUGUCAGGAAUUCGCAGCUCUCAUCCUGUUGAGCGCCAUCAGUAGCUGCCACCUUCAGUGAGGUCCUCUUAAGCCACUUCCACUGACCCCUGAACCCUCGUUGCCAUGGAGAGCCUGAGUGAGCUCCAGAACCCGCUACUGGACAAGAACAGCAGGCACGUCGUCAACGGUUAUGGCGGUGACUUCCCUAACAACCAGUACCAGGAGAACAUCAUCAACUACUUCAUAACCGGCGGCAACGACGGAGGAGGAGGUGGAGGUUACACUAACAACGGUACGGUGGCCCACGUGGGACACAACAACCCCAACGGCAAGACGAAAGCCCAACAACUCCUCGAUGCCACCUCCCUCCAUCUGGCCGUCGAGGCCUUCUACAGACCUACCUUCAUCCUGUACAAGGAGGAAGGGGGAGGCAGCAGCGGCGGAGGUGCCAAGGCCAUGGAUUCUAAGAGUGAGUGCUGCGAGACUACCUUCACAGAGAAGAAAGAAGAGGAGAGGGAGACCCCCGGCAGCACGGAGGACCCUCAGGCCAAGCUGCUGGAGGACGGAGACAACGUCAAGAUACAGACUGUCUCCUACGAGGUAGAGGAGGAGGAGUAUGUGGAAUAUGAGACGGACUGCUCCAGCGACAGUGAGAGUGAGGAUAACUUCAUAGUGAUCCCUCCCAGAGACCACCUGGGCCUGGCCAUCUUCUCCAUGUUGUGCUGCUUCUGGCCCCUGGGCAUCGCUGCCUUCUACUUCUCACAGGGGACCAGCAAGGCGGUGACAAAGGGUGACUUCCCGCUGGCAAGCAUCGCGUCCCGGAGGGCUUUGUUCCUGGCCGCCCUCUCCAUCACCAUCGGGACAGGCGUCUACGUUGGGGUGGUGGUGGCCCUCAUCGCCUACCUCUCCAAGCCAGGUCACAUAUAACAGCGACGGGGGGGGGGAAACGCAGGAGAGGAGUGGAACUGGCCCUACUGGUAAUAGAACACUGCCAGGGAAAGGUUUAGGGACCAUUAUUCUUUUUUCUUCCUCCAUCCCUCUAUUUGUCCAGCCUUCUCUCAGACUACCAGGGAAACAACAGGAGAGGAGAGGAGUGAGGAGCCACCCCCAUCUCGAUGGACACUGCUACUGCCAGGGAAAGGUUUGAACUGCCCUCCUCCCGUAACAUAACAGCGCUGCUGACAUGGGAAAACGUUCCUCUGUCUUUCUCCCUCACCCCUUCAUCUCUCUAUCCUCCUCCCUGCAGCCUCUCUACUGGCAGCCACUGGCAGCAAAGAUUAGACGAAUGAACAAAGAGGAGUGAACCAGGAAGCGGAGAGGAGGAGGAGGAGGA